GCAGACGAAGGUUGAGGCUGAAUUCGAGGUCCGCUGUUCGAAGCCUUGAAGUGUCGCAGCUUCAGUUGUGCUUUGCGUGCAGCGACCAUCUGCUCUUCCUCUCUUUUCCGUUCGUUCUACUCUAAUAUAUUUUACGCGUCAGGCACGCUUCUUUCCUUACUACUACUUGGCCGAGCCUUGUCUUUCCUUGCCCCAAGUCUUCCCAGAAUCGUCUGAUCCUGCCGCACGCCUCUUUCUCCGCUACCUCUCCCAUCCCAGAUGUCCCUCAAGGCUGAAUUAGAGACAUGGGCCGCCGCCCUCAAGGCCUACGACGAAGAGGACUUUGAAAAGUCCCUCGACCUCUUCUCUAGGAUCGGCGACUCGUCCAAGAUCCUCACAAACAUGGGUCUCAUAUACGCUACCCUCGGUGAGCACGAAGCUGCCGUUGAGCAGUUCAUCGCAGCCACUGGCCUCGACCAGUAUCUUGCCGUCGCAUACUUUCAAUGCGGCGUCUCCAACUUUCUGCUCGGCCGUUAUGAUCUUGCCUCCAAAGACUUCGAGGAGGCCCUACUCUAUCUCCGUGGAAACCAGUCCAUUAAUUAUACGCAACUCGGUCUCGCCUUUACCUUGUACUCGUCCGAGGUCCUUUUCAAUAAGGGUCUCUCCCUCAUAUACCUCAACCAGAUCGACCAAGGGAUGGCAGAGCUCCAGGAUGCAGCCAGCCAGAAAGCGACGGAGGAACAUAAUGUCAUCGACGAGGCUCUCAGAGACAGGGGCGAAGGCUACACCGUCUUUAGCAUCCCCGUCGGAGUCCUCUACAGACCCUCCGAAAACAAGCUGAAAAACGCAAAGACCCGCGAUUUCCUGGGCAAAGCGAAACUUGUCGCUGCAGAAGAUGCUUCCGAGGCCUACACGACCUUCACCGGCGUGACCCGUCUCAAGCAGGGAAUCACCCCAAGCAACACCUACGCCGAUGAUGCCCCCGCGCUCAACCGUAGCGCCACCGCCCCCGCUCCCCGCAUCACCCCUCCGGAAGCAGCCCCAGUCAGCAAUCUCGGACGCGCCAACACGACCAUCAACGUCGCCUCCAACGCCCGUGAACGUAUCUCGCCCGGCAGCCCUUCUUCCUCCAACAAUCGCCCUCCCCCCUCCGUCGCCCGCUCCAACACCAUGGCCUCCGGUCGUACUCCCGGUGGCAUGGGCGGCCCCGUCCGCGGCCUAAGCGUUCGCAAGCCCAGCUCCAACGCGCCCUCCCCGCCCCCAAAGUCAUCCUCGCCCGCGCGAGGUGGGCAGAACGGCGGUGGUGGAGAGGAUAACGGGAACAGGAUGACGGAGUUCUACGACUCGUAUAUCGAUGCGUAUGCGGACAACAACGCGCCGCCGACGUUGCCGCCGUUGCCGCCUAUGAGUACUGCGGCUGGUGGUGGGGGCGGAGACAGAGUUGCUGCUUGGGCUCGGACGAAUGCGAAUGGCGGGGCUCCGCCGACUUCGUAUAGCCGUGCGCCGUCGUCGUUUGGGGGUUCGCGUGCGGGCACGGUCAGGAGGAGGGUGACGAGGCGCGGGACUGCAGGUUCAGCCCCGGUGAGCACGUAUGAGGAGGAAGAGGAGGGGUAUGUUACUGGGAGUGGCGAGUGGGAUGAGGUGUUCGAGCUGGUGAAGAUCCGCGUCAAGAUCCAUUACGAGGAAGAUGUGCGCGGGAUGGCACUCGACCCCCAGAUGCCCUUUGACGAUUUCAUGGUUCGCGUCGCGGACAAGUUCGAUCUCGGACCGAAGGAGAUCACGCUCAAGUUCAAGGACGAGGACGGCGGACGGGUCACGCUCAGGGACGAGAGUGAUUAUGACCUCGCGAUUGAGACGGCAAGGGAGAGUGCGAAGGGCAAGCCCGAGGGGAGGUUGGAGAUCUGGGCCACCCGCAGAUAAAUGGGCCAGCGAUGAUAACAUUCCUGGACUUGCCAUUAUAUUGUAUUUUUUACGCACUCUUUCUCUCUCCCUCUCUCUCUGUGGUCAUUCUCACUCCCCCUCGCUGCCUGCCUGUCGUCGUCCUUCUGGUUUCUUUAUCCACCCUGCAUUAUCUAGAACUUACUCUCCUCUCGUCUCGUCUUGCCUCUCGGAUCUCUUUGUCUCGGGUUGAUACAUGGGUUGGGCUGGAGGUCACUACUGCCGGUCGCGGGCUGGUUCUCACUCAGUACUCAGUCCCCGCCGCGUCGUGUGCGAUAUUUUUCUUUUACAUAUUUACUUACAUAUGCUUCAUCUUCCAAUCUUGUUAUUAGCUCCGUUUCGUUUCGUUUCGCAUUUUCAAUAACGCCGUCCCAACUCCAAGUACUCAGUACAUACUUACCUCCCCACACACCCACACCCACACCUGUCUCGCCAUAUAAUACCAGACAAGUUACGACCCCCAUUCAGGAAUCAGGAAUCAGGAAUCAGGCUCAAACUCG